AUGCAUUCCAUCGAUGAGGCCUAUGGUAAGUUGACAUCACUUACCUGCCUUUUGACCUCCAAGGAGCCUUUCUGCGCAUGUGUAGCUGAUAAUGUCUCCUUGACUUCAAGAACGAGGAACAUGGGGUCUUUUAUUUCUUAUCUGGGCAGGGCCCAGCUCUUCUCUGGCUUCUCAUCUUGGAGGACCUGCCCACAGGGGACAAACGCUGGCUGUUCAGACUGGGUCCAUCUAUCUCCUGCCUCAAGCCACUGCCUCCAGCAUUCACAUCUCUCUCACCAUCUGUUUACUCCUAGUAAAUGGCUGAGCUGUGACUCCAACCCUGGGCCUGGUGAAAAACACGUGAAUUGA